GGGGGGAGGAGCCGACGAGGGAGGCGGGGUCCCGGGGCGCUCUGCCCGAGACCUCCGCGCGGACUGGACACUCAGCCCUGGGCUCGGGCGACUGUGUCUCGGCCUUGGAGCGGCUCCAUCCCAGCCGGCGGCGGGAGGCUGGAGGCUGGAGCUGGGGAGACUUCCCCGGAGAAGCCGAGCCCAGAAAGUCCCCCGGCUGUGCGGCAAGACUGCACGCCGGGGCGCCGGGACACCCAGCUCCACGGUAGAAAACCAGAGUGGAGAGAGGGUACGAGCCACCCAGUAAGAGAGACCUUCUUUGCUCAACAGCCCAACAAGAUGGGAACCUAUUGCCUCAGGCUGCCCUUCUGGGCACUGCUGAUUGGCUGUGUCCUGGGUGAUAAUCCCGAGAGCCACAACACAAACCUGAGCAUUCGUGGGGAUGAGGAAUUCACCACAUUUCUGGGGACAGAACCAAACCUCCUAGCCACCACCCACCGACCCACAAAUUUGGUGCUCCCCAGCAAUGGCUCAAUGCACAACUACUGCCCCCAGCAGACUAAGAUCACCUCUGCUUUCAAAUACAUCAACACCGUGAUCUCCUGUACUAUUUUCAUUGUGGGCAUGGUGGGCAAUGCCACGCUGCUCAGGAUCAUUUACCAGAACAAGUGUAUGCGAAACGGCCCCAACGCGCUAAUUGCCAGCCUGGCCCUCGGGGACCUCAUCUAUGUGGUCAUCGACCUCCCUAUCAACGUCUUCAAGCUAUUGGCCGGGCGUUGGCCUUUUGACCACAAUGACUUUGGCGUAUUCCUCUGCAAGUUGUUCCCCUUCCUGCAGAAGUCCUCGGUAGGGAUCACCGUACUCAAUCUCUGUGCUCUCAGCGUUGACAGGUACAGAGCAGUAGCUUCCUGGAGCCGGGUUCAGGGAAUCGGGAUCCCCUUGGUCACUGCCAUUGAGAUCGUCUCCAUCUGGAUCCUCUCUUUCAUCCUGGCCAUCCCUGAAGCCAUUGGCUUUGUCAUGGUGCCCUUUGAAUACAGGGGAGAACAGCACAAAACCUGCAUGCUCAAUGCCACGUCGAAAUUCAUGGAGUUCUACCAGGACGUGAAGGACUGGUGGUUGUUUGGGUUCUAUUUCUGCAUGCCCUUGGUGUGUACCGCCAUCUUCUACACCCUCAUGACUUGUGAGAUGUUAAACCGAAGGAACGGCAGCUUGAGAAUUGCCCUCAGUGAACACCUUAAACAGCGUCGGGAAGUGGCAAAAACAGUUUUCUGUUUGGUCGUCAUCUUUGCUCUUUGCUGGUUCCCUCUGCAUUUAAGCCGAAUUUUGAAGAAAACCGUGUAUGAUGAGAUGGACAAGAACCGAUGUGAACUACUGAGUUUCUUGCUGCUCAUGGAUUACAUCGGAAUUAACCUGGCAACCAUGAACUCAUGCAUAAACCCAAUAGCUCUGUAUUUUGUGAGCAAGAAAUUCAAAAAUUGUUUCCAGUCUUGCCUCUGCUGCUGCUGCUACCAGUCCAAGAGUCUGAUGACUUCUGUCCCCAUGAACGGCACGAGCAUCCAGUGGAAGAACCACGAGCAGAACAACCACAACACGGAGAGGAGCAGCCAUAAGGACAGUAUAAACUGAGCACUCACCGUCUGCCUUCGAGUCCUGAUGGAGAACAAAGUCACACAGCACCUCUGUCUCGUCUCCAGAAAUCUCUCCCUUCCUUCUCCCAUAACUCAGUCCCACCCCACCCCCGGAACAAAUGCCUUCCACAGCGUCAGAGGGUGGAUGGACUAUCUUAUGCCCACAAACUCUAUGAAUCUUAUUUCUUUAGCUUAUCUGACUUAGGUACUCUGCAUGUUAUAUUCAGCACUAAACAAUGGUGGGAGUUGGCAGAGGUGAGGAGUCCGUUACAGGACACGGAAAGACAUUUUCUACCUGUGUGUGAAAAUAGUUUCCAUGCACCUAAUGGGCUCUCAUCGCAGUUCCAUCCAGUGAUCAUUGAGAACUGGUCAUCAUGAAAGUUUAGAGAGGGUGAUAGUGUUUCUAUUUUUUAACCUGGAGGGCCAAGUCUGGGUGUAAGUCACCUUUAUCUGAAAUGGCUAGAGUGCUAGUGACUUUUAAACGCGUAAUAGCCUCAACAAUGGUGGCUGAAGCUUACUUGCAUGGAUUUUGCAAGAAAAAAGAUAAACAGUAUUCACAUGAAUAAUCAAGGUAACAUUUCUUAUGUCACUAUUUUACUUUUUAAAAGUGAAUUAUCAAGCUGCCACUUUUAAAGUGCAGGCUAUGGGUGGGGGAGAUAGCAUAAUGGUUAUGCAAACAACUUUUGUGCCUGAGGCUCUGAAUUCCCAAGUUCAAUCCCUAUAUCACCAUAAACCAGAAUUAAAUAAUCCUCAGAUAAGAAAGAAAAAAUGCAGACUGACAAGCAUAUGUGACUGUUCAAUACUUGCUCCUUAAAGAAGUUUUCUUUUUUUAAUGGUAUUUCUUUACAGAAGAUCUGGAACAUAUUUUUAUGUUAAAAAAAAAAAGUAAUGCUUGAAUCAAAUAGUUCUAUUUUUCACCAGCCCAAUCUUUUUUAAAAGUGAUUUUUUUUCCUAAAAUGAAUAUCAUGUACCCAGAUUUAAAUGUACAUAUUAGUGUAACUCUGCCUGUGACUUUCAGUGCAAUGUAUAGAAGUCUAAAGCACACACCUAGGAGAAAAGGAUUACAUAUUUUUAGAAGAUUUGAAAUUUCCCAGAGCUUCUGUUGGACACAGUAACAUGCAUAUGCAUGUAUAUGCAUAUAUAGAGAGGUGUGUAAUGUAUGCAUGCAUAUAUUUACAUUUUGCAUAUGGCCCAAUAUCCCUUUGAUCUCUGUGGAAAGAUUUACUGACAGUAAGACCCUUUUGGUCAAUUCCUUUUCCAUAGAGGAAACUAUUUCAAAGUGGUUAGCUGAGUCAAUCAUGCAACAAAGUGUAAAUUCCCCCAAAAGAUGCCACGGUGAGUUCAUGACGCUUCACUCCUCUGUGUUUCCAGCAUGAAUCUGAACCCCACCCCCAGCCCUCACAUGGUCAUCAUUUCAAAGGGCCCACAUUUACUUUCACUGGGCAUUUUUCAAGAUGUUUACAGACUGUGAGUAUAGCAGAAAAUCUUGUAUUGUGUGUAUAUAAAUAUAUAUAUAUAUAUAUAUAAACAAUUGUAUAUUUCUUUUAA